AUGAAUGCCGCUCCAACUACCGUUACUUAUCAAAGACAGUCCAAGCAGGGGAACCAAGGGAAUAAUCAGAGAAGGGAGAACUAUGACCAUAUACCCAUGAGUCAUGCAGAGCUACUACCAGCAUUGAUUCAGAAGAAGUUGGUCCAGACACGACCACCACCAGCAGUACCAUCACCAUUGCCUUGGUAUUACACAGCAGACCAGACGUGUGCCUUUCAUCAGGGAGCACCAGGGCAUAGUGUUGAAAAUAUUUAUCCUUUGAGGACUGAAGUGAAAAGGUUGGUGAAGUCUGGAAUUUUAUCUUUCAAAGACAUGAGACCUAAUGUAAAAGAAAAUCCUCUACCCAAGCACGGGGGAGUGAAUGCUGUGAAUAUGGUGGCCGGUUGUCCAGGUGACUUCCAGAUUUUUGACAUUAAUUUGGUUAGAGGGGAUUUGGUAAAGAAGCAUGCAGACCUCUGUGAAUUCAGUUAUUAUACGUAUGACCACACUGGUUGUGCUAUUUGCAGUACAAACAUACAGGGUUGCGAGAAGAUAAAGGCUGAUUUACAGGAGAUGAUGGAUGAAGGUCUAAUUCAUAUAAUCAGGCCUAGGGCAGAAUAUGAAGAGGAAGUUAAUAUGGUUUCUGAAUGUCCGGGUGAAUUCAGAAUUUUUGAAGUAGAGCAUUUGAAUGAAGAUCUCGUACAGUUGCAUGCUACCUUUUUCCGUACUGCUGGUCAGGUGGAACACCAAUAUGGAUCAUGCGUAGUUUGUUGUCAAGACCCCCGAGGAUGUUCUAUUGUGAUAGAGGGUGUUCAAUUGCUGUUAGACAAUGGAACUAUGAAGGUCACAGGUCAGAGAGAUGAUUAUCACGAGAUUGAUAUGGUUGAAGUUUGUUUGAUGGGAGAAGAGUCAGAAGAAGAAUAUGCCUCUGCAGAUGAGUAUUUCUCUUCAGACGUAGAUUUGUUUACCGGAUAUGGUCUUUUGAGGGCUGAUUGUGUUGAGGAAGGUGUAAACGUCAUUGUACGUUGUUUUGGUGCACCCGCUCAUCUUGAGGUAGAGUACCAUAGCAAACCAGCUGUUACCCCAUUGGUAAUUAGUCUGCCAGGACCUGUUCCCUAUAAAUCAGAUAAGGUUGUGCCUUACAAAUGCAACGCUACAAUCUUAGAAGAUGGGGUGGAAGUUCCCAUCCAGCCAAUGCCAGACGUUGGAAUUAUAUAUGAUAAUAGCAGGGUGACCCAUAGUGGUCGCGUGUUUGCGCCGGUUAUUCGAAGAGAUGUUGUUGCUGGAAAGAAAAUUACUGAGAACGUUGAGCCUAAGAAGGAUGCAGGAGAGGCUAGUGGAGCCACAUUGGAGAAUGAAGUGGAUGAUAUCUUGAAGAUAAUUAAAAUGAGCGACUAA